AUGGCACCACCAAAGAGACUCCGUCCCGCUCCGCUCGACGAUCCACCCACCGCCUCAUCCUCCUCCGAUGACGACCAACAACCUCCACCAAAAAAGCCCGAAGAUGAAGUAGUCGAUGAAGAAGAGGAAGCUUCAUCGGAAGAAGGAGAAGAAGAAAAUGAUCAGGAUGAAGAUGAAGGUUCUUCAUCCGAAGAAGAGGAAGUUCAACCUACACCUCCUUCACAACCUGCUUCCAAAAACCCUCCACCUUCUACCCCAAUCUCAAACCCUAAACCCGAAUCUGGUUCCGAAUCCGAAUCUGGUUCUCAAUCCGGAUCAGAGUCUGGAUCCGAAUCUGAUUCUGAACCUGAACCUACUCCACCUCCCAACGCCAAAGUCAAGCCUCUCGCAUCAAAGCCUAUGAAGGCUCAACCACCGGCCAGAUCUGGAACAAAGCGUCCAAGCGAAAACGGUUCUAAACGUGCUAAUAAGAAAACAGCCGCCGGUGGUGGUUCCAACGACGAUAGCGAGGCGGAUGAAGACGGAGACGUGAAAAUGACUGGCGAAGACUCUAAGAAGAUGCAUCAGAGAGUCUUCACCGAAGAAGACGAGAUCGCCAUUCUGAAAGGUCUCGCUGAGUUCAUUUCCAAAACUGGAAAGGAUCCUAUGAAGGACCCAGAUGCAUUUCACAAUUUCGUGAAGAAAUCGAUUCAUGCAGAUGCCAACAGCGCGCAGCUGAAGCGGAAGGUCCGUGGUCUGAAGUUGAAGUUUAAAGCCAAUGGUAGUUUCACUAAAGAGCAUGACAAGAAAGCUUUUGAACUUUCAAAAAAGGUUUGGGGCAAUGAUGGAGGCAAUGGAGUUGAAGAAAAUGGGAAAGUGAAUGAGAAAACUCCGAAGAGUACUAAGAAGGAAGCUCCUGUAAGAAACAAUGGUUCUGCUAAGAAAGAAGUAGUUGCCAAGAAGGAUACUGGAAAAGUCGAGAGUGAUGUUGAUAAAAGCUUGGCUUUGAGUGAAAUGUGUAGUUUUGGUGAAGCUGCGGGGUUGUCCUCCUUGAACAUGGAUGCUAUGAGAAGGGGAAUGGAAUUGUUGGGGGAAUCUAAGGUAGAUGAGUUUGAUGCUAAAUGGAAGAAGGUUCAAAUUGCAGAGUUGGAAAUGUUUGUGACUCGCGGGCAGCUGAUUAAGGAUCAGACUAGGCUGGCAUUGGAGGCAUUCAAGAAAUCAAUCAAUUAG